GUUUUAAAUAUCAAUUGACAGUGAUAAAAUAAUAAAGAUAAUGUUCCAUUGUUUUAAAAGCAAUUCCAACUGCACUCCAAAUGUUGGUGAAGCAUCUUCUUGGAGGCAGACCUCUUCCUUUAGUUCUAUACUUCCCCGGUUUCAAUGGUCUUAACUUCAGUGAACAUUUUAGAGUGCUUCACAUCACAUUAAUUUCCUAGAAAUUCAAUUAUUAUUGAAUUCACUCAAACCACCAUUAAAAAACAGUUGCAUUCAAACCAGCCUUGGCUAUUUAAUAGCCCGCCCCUCAGUGAAGUGCAAUUCAAAGUGAACCCCUGCAAUUCAUUUCUUCUCAUUUAUUUGAAAUUGGAUAUUAUUAAAGUGAUAUAGAAACGACAAACCACUUAAUAUUGUGCAAUGAGUGGCAUGAUGAGACAUUCAAUCAUUGUAUUAAGUGACCUUUUCAUGUACUUAUUUGCUGCCUGUCUUACUGAUGAAGGGAUUGUUGUUCAUUCAUAAAAAAAGAUUUGUCCCGACAACUUCAUACUUCAUCCUUUUUCAACUGUUCAUCUGCUUUGAACGUACAGGCAAGAACCGCAAUCUUUUAUUCUUUUUAUUAUUAUACUUUAAUUGAUUCAUAAAAUACUCGGCUGGUUUGGGGUUUAUACUGUAUUUCAAGUUUACCUUUUGCUUGUGUAAAAAGAAAACCGUUAAUAAAGUUUAUUUAAAUAAAAAAAACAUGGGGUCUUAUAAAGGACCCACCAGGGUCUGUCCAAUACAAAAACUAUUUUAUACACAUUUUAAACAGCAAGAUUAAAAAAAUGCACCGACAACUACACGCUUAAUACAUAUACAAAAUACACAUAUUAUUGAAGAAAACAACACUAAUCCACAUGGUGUCUCACUUUAUAAAACAUUUCGAUUGUUUUUUAAUCAGGCGUUCAACACGGUAGCCAACAUUGUGUAUUCCCCUUUUUAUAUACAACCGACGGUAUUCCCCGUUGACAAUCAACUGUGGGAUUAGCUAAACAGUGCAGAGAUGUGUGAAUCUCCUUGGUUACCUCUGAAAACACCCUCCAUUAACCCUCCCCACCUCUGAGACUGCGCUGUCGUCCCGUAGGAGCGCUGACAUCCAUCACCUCCACCUGACGGAAGCAUGUUACCGUCCGCGGCUUCGAGUCGAGCUGGGAGACGAGCUAGCCGGCUAAGCUAACUCGCUGGCCCGUUGGCAGGCUCCGGCUUGACGACAUAACAGGCUGCUGUGCUUCUGGGAACACGGUCUGCUCGUCGUGUCACACCGACCCUGCGCCAAGUCCAGGACCGUAUCUUCAGGUCGUGUCUUCGGUCUGCGCAACCUUUCACGGCUGCCUUGUGUAAUCGUCUGCCACCCCACCCCCCACCCGGUCCCAGGAUGGAGGCGCACUAGUUACUCAGUUAGUCACCGGCGUCUUCGCAGCUCUGGCAGAGCACUGCUCUCACUGCGCCGGCUAAAAAUACACCGCGCCUCCAAAAGUGCUGGCCUAGUCCAGACGGGACUCGUCCCCGGCUUUUUCUCUUCACCUCGCUCGGAGUCUGGUACUACAUGGUCACCACACUGAGUUCAGGACUACUGAAAGUCGGAGCCCGAGGUUGUGAGCCCUGCUGGCCCGAGCUCACGUUACAUCGGACCGGCUGGUGGACGUCAGGUCACCGAGUGAACGGAGGUCUGCGCCGGUUGAUCGGCGGCCGAAGAUCCUUUCGCCCCCAUGGCCUUGUUCGGCCACAAGUAGGACUAUCAACGAGCCUGGGUCCGGCCCGGGGCUGCGAGACCGAAACUGUGUGAAGGUCAGAGGAAACCCCGCGUUGUGUCUUUCGGCUGCCUGGCGAGACGGACUCCAUCUGCACCAUGUCGGAGGAUAACAACGCAGACAAGUUUAUCAAGGAGACCUCUAUUCUGGACGAGUACAACAUUAACUGGACACAGAAGUUGGGCGCCGGGAUCAGUGGACCUGUCAGAGUUUGCGUGAAGAAGUCGUCUCAGGAGCGCCUGGCCCUGAAGAUCCUCAUCGAUCGCCCCAAGGCCAGGAAUGAGGUGCGUCUCCAUAUGAUGUGUGCCAACCACCCGAAUAUAGUGCAAAUCCUGGAGGUUUAUGCCAACAGUGUCCAGUUCCCGCAUGAGUCCAGCCCGAGAGCGCGGCUCCUGAUUGUCAUGGAAAUGAUGGAGGGUGGCGAGCUGUUCCACAGAAUCAGUCAGCACAGGCACUUUACUGAGAAGAUGGCGAGUCAGGUCACGAAACAGAUCAGUCAAGCCUUGGAACACUGUCACUCCCUAAAUAUUGCACAUCGUGACCUGAAGCCAGAGAACCUGCUCUUUAAGGAUAACUCUCUGGAUGCACCUGUGAAGUUGUGUGACUUUGGCUUUGCCAAAAUUGAUCAAGGAGACUUGAUGACCCCUCAGUUCACUCCCUACUACGUAGCACCUCAGGUACUUGAGGCUCAAAGAAGACACCAAAAAGAAAAGUCUGGAAUUAUACCUACUUCACCUACUCCUUAUACCUAUAACAAGAGCUGUGACUUGUGGUCUCUCGGCGUGAUCAUCUACGUGAUGCUGUGCGGCUACCCUCCGUUCUACUCCAAGCACCACAGUCGCACCAUCCCCAAGGACAUGAGGAAGAAGAUUAUGACGGGCAGCUUCGACUUCCCCGAAGAUGAGUGGAGCCAGAUCUCUGAGAUGGCCAAGGACAUCGUACGCAAGCUGCUGAAGGUGAAGCCAGAGGAGAGGCUGACCAUCGAGGGAGUCCUGGCUCACCCUUGGCUCAACUGCACCGAGGCCCUCGACAACGUGCUGCCGUCCGCCCAGAUGAUGAUGGACAAGGCCGUAGUCGCUGGUAUCCAGCAGGCCCAUGCGGAGCAGCUGGCCAACAUGAGGAUCCAGGAUCUGAACGUCAGCCUGAAGCCUUUAAACUCUGUGAACAACCCAAUCCUCAGGAAGCGGAAACUACUCGGCCCCAAGCCCAGCGACAGUUUCUUCAUUCAUGACCCGGAGAACGGAGGGGAAGACUCCAACGUCGCGUUGGAAAAACUACGAGACGUCAUCGCACAGUGUAUACUACCGCAAGCCGGAGAAAACGAGGACGAGAAGCUGAACGAGGUGACGUACGAAGCCUGGAGGUUCAACCGAGACUGUAAGCAGCUGAGAGACGGCCUGCAGGGGCUCAGCUGGGACGGCCGAGCCUUCUCUGAUAAAGUCGACCGCUUGAAGUUGGCUGAAAUCGUGAAACAGGCCAUCGAAGAGAAGACGAACCUCCAAGACUCUCAUUAGCGACCGCUGUCUUUCUAUCUUUUUAUAUUGUUUAAUAUGACCCUUUUUAACCCAUAUCUGUAAAGAGGCUUUUUUUAUGUAAAAUAAUGUUAAUUUUUCUUUUUUUCUUCUUCUUUCUUUUCUUUGUGGAUUCACUAUUGUACAGCUGUAGAUAUAUUUGAAAGAAGACUCGUUGGUACUAUAAAUUUUUUUUUUAAUGGAAAUUUGCAAAAGAGCUUUGGAAAAAAACAACUAUAUUUUCAUCUUUGCAAAAAAAGGAGAAAAAUCAGUUAACGGAAUUAUUUUCUGGGAGAGAAUUUUUAUUAGCUGAUUGUCCGAGGCGUCGCGUGUUUUAUCAGUCAUUUAAUUUUAUCGUUUUCUUUCCUUUUAACCAUCCUGAGACUAAUUUAAUUUAUUUAAACAAAGAGUUCCAUUAUUUUAUACCUCACUUGUCCUUCUGCUCUCUGAUUUUCAACCUGCGUUUUAAACUAUAUGAUUCUUUGUUUUGUGUAACUUUCUCCCGGAGACCUUUUUUUGCUGUGGAGUCCCAGAUUUCUGUUUUUUAAGCAGUUGAGAGAUCGGAGCCGACUGAACCGGCGUCAACACUACGGAGCGUAUAGAUCAUCCUGUUCUGACACGCCUCUUGACCGAAGCUCCGCUUACUAGCUUCGUUUUUAAUUUAUUUGGGGAGCUUUUAACUGCCUCGCGAUCGUCUUCAGACGGCGGCAUUAGAAACAAAAAAUGUUUAACGAUGUGGUUGAAAGCUCCAGUUUAAGUUUCAGAGGUCAAGAGUGAACGUCCGCGCUCAACGAGGUUCAUGUGUCCACCUGUAGGUUUCACAAAGGAAAUCAGUUCAGAUGACGCUCCUGAUGUUUGUGUCUGUCAAUGAAGUGAAUCAUUUUAUAUAAAGGCUUUUUAUAUGUCUUCCCAUUUCUGAUGUGAUUCCGAAAAAAAAGUCUUAAAGUCGGUGUUCGGCUGAAGUUUUUGAGCUGCGAAACUUUGACGUAAAGUUGUAUUUACUGGCGUUCGGGCCGUUAACAUUUCAGCCAUUUCAAAAGGACGCCAGCUCGCUACCGGGAGGGCGUCGGCAUCCGCUAACGGAGUUCCCUCUCAUAAAACCUGCACUGCUGCUGAAUGUGCAAUAAUUGAAUCAAGUGUUCAUAGCGUGUACACGGUAGUGGGAUGUCAUCCAUCAGUGCGUCAGUAUUAGGGUCUGAAUCCCUCCCUCCCUUCACCCUCCUCAUCCUUUAGUUUAUAAUAUGUCAUCAGACGUAUCCACUGCACCGCUCAUCUCUGAUCUGUAUUUCUGAGCGGUUACAAGAAGGGACUCUUGUUCAGUGCCUGAUUAUUUAUUCAAUCACGUUUUCAGAAUUCUCUUUUGAUGACGUCCCAUCUUCAUAAGGAACUCAUGAAUGAAUGACGUUUUGUGCCGUGAUGAAGACGUGUGUCAUUUGAGUCUUGAGCAAACAUUGGAGCAAUAUAUUGUUGCGGUGAAAGUUAGAAACAAACUCUUUUGAGGGGUUGAACAGAUGAUCCAAGUUGAGUUAAAUAAACCUUUAAGUCAACCUAUUGGAUUAUCUGUAAAAUGUUUUGUCUUAAAAAUCAGCGGCUAGCUUGUCAAGAGGCACCGCGACGAUAUGUCGGCUGAUCUCGUUCACGCCAUCUGUCAGGACCACGAAGACAACUUUUUCUUAUUUGGCUUUGGCUUGAAAAAACUAAAAUAUGAGAAAGGUGAAUAAUUAAUGUGAUUCCGAGGAAUCUCGUUGAUCCGUCUUGAUGCCCCCCCCCCCCGUAGGCUAAAUGAUGACGUGUGUUUGAAAAGGCCUCAUCACACAACCUGUACGCUCAGAUGUGCCUUCUGCUCUUCUCAGAGGAACUGAGAUACAGGAUGAGCGGGUCACAGACGGAGGGAUGUUGAUAUUUGUCCUUCUGGCUGUGAUUUUCUGGUUUUCCCGCGUUAUGAAACGAACAGUCGUAGCCUUCUGGCUCGGCGACAUUUUCUUCAAAUGAAUAUAUAGUUAUAUAUUUAUAUAUAUGUGGUAAAGAAAAUCUGCCUGAUUGAAGAAAAGGCAGAACACGACCACUUAAUUGACUAGACUGGCACAUUACGGUAUCGUUCAACGUUUUGUGAAAUGACCUUGAGUCUGCUGCUCGGUGACCCUGAAGCAUCCCGGUCUUGAAGACGCUCCCUCCUCACGACCUCUGACUGGGGGGAAGCCCUCCGGCUUGACACGCGUCACAAUAAUAAAAAGCUUACACUAGUCGCUUCCUCCCUCCUAUCCGCUCGGUGAGGAGAGACCAGGUGUCCUGUUCCCUACGAUGACUAAGGAGAAGUAACUGUCCUUUUUGACCUGGAAGACAGUUCCAUGAUUUUAUUCUCUUGAUACCAGUUUGCUUCUGUGUCCUCUCCCCUCGUAAAAGUACGCAGAGGUGGGUUUUAUAUCUUUUUGAGCCAUUCCUGUUUAUCUUCAAUCCACCUCCCCCUCCCCCCUCAGGCAGUUAUGUAGCAUGUACCUGAAUCCCUCAUGAGAGACUUGCUGUAUUUCUGUCUACACAUCUAUUCAGUUGUUUGCCCUUUCUGCCUUCUUUGGAACAUCAACAUGCUGACUUUGUAAUAAAGGAAUUAUUUGACUUU